CUGAAAAUUUCCAUCCACUGUGCCUUUGCUUCACUGUUCAGCCAAGUUUCUGUAGUGCAGGACGUACGCCGGUGUGCUGUAUUGUCCAGUAGUGUUGUCCAGUAGUGUUGCGAACCUGACGGCAACUGUGUUUUUUUUCCUCUCUCUUCUAUGUGGUGUUGCCUCUCCCAUUCCCCAGCAUCAACAUCAGCAGCAGCAUAGGGACGCUGUUUCUCUUCGAUUUCGGUGUACAAAGUUGUGUUGUGGAAAAAUUCAACGUGUGGCGCCCACCCAGUAUAAUGUCGACGGCAUUGCGUUCCUCCUAUUCUAUGCAGAGUAUGGAAAGUCUCUAUUCAAACAGCUCCAAGUUUUCCGCCCUGCACCGACGCAAGGUUGCUGCUAGGCAACCGGGUAUGGUGCUAGCGUCCGACAGCGAUGUGCGGCACCGGGUAAUGUCGGCGCGCAUGUUGCGCCUGAAGCAGUUGCAAAACCAGCUCGAAGCGGCCAACAUGGUCAUUGCGGAGCUGACCAAAGAUAAUCGGGUGCUGAAAUCGGUACAGAAGCGCCAGGAUUCGGCACUCUCCAAGUACGUCAACUCGAACGCGGAGCUGCCGAAGCUGCUCAACUCGCACGCGGAAGAGGUGCGCACGUGGCAGACGAAGUAUCGCAACCUGCAGAACCAAAACAAGGAGCUGAUCAGCAAGCUGAAGGCGAAGGACGCCCACAUACUGACGAUCACGGACCAGAACAAGCAUCUGGUGCAGCUCAACAAAGAUAAACAUUUAGAAGAACGCGAAAGACUGGCCGACAGGGUGCGGUACCUAGAAAACAGGCUCAUGGAGAAGGACAACGAUGCCAAAUUACUCUCUAGAAGGAUUCAACUCGAUUCGAAAAAUUUCAAAGCCCAACUGCAGCAGGAAAUGCUGAAGCAACGGGAGCUGGCGCAGAAGCUCGAGCGCACGCAGCAUGAAGUCAACCGGCUCAACUCUGUCAUUGAGAUAUACGAGAAACGCACUCCUUCGACGCUGUUGAAGAAUAGCAACUUUCUGAUGAAGACGUCCAAACCAUCCUCAGGGCAGCAGCAGCAACCACCACAGCCAAUGCAGCAGCAAAUGAUUCGAUACGGAAACGGUUCCUCGCACAAAUCCCCUUACCCGAACUUUUCCGAACCUUCCCCGGUAACGAACCUGGACAUGAGCCCGAAGGUGAAACCAAACGCUCACGAAGGAGGCGAAGGGGACAAAUCACCCACUCCCAGUCCGAGAAUACUGCAACCCUUGUCGCCCCGGGACGAGGAAAUGCCUGCCGCUCACCAGAACUCCUCCAAGCUUAGGAAGAGACACAGCUCCAGAAAGCACAAGGGCGACGCACAAUCGGACGAGACCGGCACAAACGGAAAGUCGGACGGCACGGCAGAGCACCAGUACGACGAGGGCAUGUGCUCCGAGUUUAACCAGUACGCGCUGGAGCAGGAGGCCGAGUUCGACAAGGCCAUCGCGUCGGAGCUGUUCCGGCUGCAGACGGAAAUGGGUCCCGGUGCUGCGGCCAAGCUGCUGAAAGGCCAAACCGUCAAGCGGUACAGUGCCACGACGGAAACGUCCUACGAGGAUGACUACGAGACGGACUUGUCGCCGGAGAAGAGUGUCGAUCAUCUGAGCGAAAUCUUCGAGCAUAAGGCCCACAUCAGCGAGCUCGAGGAACAGUUCCGUGAGGCUGGUUCGUCGGCUGCCACCACGAACACUACCACCACCAAUGGAUACUCGGCUGGCAAGGACAAUGGCAAGGGGCGUGCGGUGAAGAAGCGGGUGAUCAAUUCGUCCGAAACGAACGAUUCCGACUCGGUGGAGAGCGGCAGCCGAUCGUCGGCGGCAAGGGAUCUGGAAGCGAUGAAGCAGGAGAUGCAUCAAAGUAUACUGAAAAAGGAAGCGCUGCUGGACACGUUCUGCGACGAGCUGCAUCACGGUAAGGAUCCGUCGAAGGGGGUGGCGCCGCUGCCGCCCUCGCUCAACCGGCCCAAGCUGGACAACACCAAGCGCGUGCAGAUCGAUCCGAAAAAGAAGCAAAACUUGCUGGAAGUGUUGAAGGCAAUCGAUGGUGAUAGUUUCGAGAAGUGAGAGGCUGAGGUGUGGAACCGGAAGCUGCCCGCCCCCUGGCGCACACUUUUUCGAGCGUUUUCCGAGUGUGGGCUAGUGGCGGGCAAUGAAAUUGAUGAAUCCUAUUUAUGUAGGCAGAAGUGUGUGGUGGUGGUGUUGGUGGUUAACGCCAGGGACAGUGUAGAGAUAUAUUUUUUAAUAAAUCGUAUCUUUGAAUGGAA